AUGGCAACCUCUUUGAUCUCCAAGAAGCUGCGCUCCGCCGAGAGUGAUCGCAAUGCCGAGCCAAGCUGGAUUCGUCGUCAGGUCACCGCUGGCCUUCAGUGUGUCUCCCGUCGCGCGUGUGUGCACCCGAUUCAUACCAUCGUCGUGAUUGCGCUCUUUGCCAGUACCACCUAUGUUGGUCUGCUCGAGGGCAGUCUUUUCGACGCGACUCGCAAUGCCCGCAAUGUGGCCGGACAAGUGGACGUCGAUACUCUUCUGCAAGGCAGUCGGUCGCUCCGUCUCGGCGAAUCAACUGCCUGGAAGUGGCAGGCUGAGGAGUCCUGGAUGAAUACCGUGCCAAUCCAGCAGGAACCCACAAACCAUCUCGCUCUGACAACUUUCAUCUUCCCGGACUCUGACUCCAAGUCUGCUUCUACUGCCCCCUCCGUCGAGGAUGUCCCGGUUCCCUCCAAUGUCUCCGCUUACUCCGUACCCCACACCCCGAACAUGCUCUCGCCAUUUUCGCACGACUCGUCUCUCGCCUACGCUCUGCCUUUCGACCACGUUCCGCAGCUGUUGAGGGCCGUUCAGGAAAUUCCUAAUCCAGUGGCGGACGAGUCAAAGGAGGAGUCGAAGAAAUGGAUCAUGAAGGCUGCCCGCGGCCCUACCGGAUCGCGUCUUGCUCUGAAGCUCUGGUUCACAGACAUGUGGAGUUCUUUCGUAGAUCUUCUCAAGCACGCCGAGACCAUUGACAUUGUGAUCAUGGCUCUUGGCUACCUUUCGAUGCACCUCAGCUUCGUCUCCCUCUUCUUUUCCAUGCGCCGACUAGGGUCCAAUUUCUGGUUGGCAACGACCGUGCUCUUCUCCGGUUCCUUCGCCUUCCUCUUCGGCCUUUUGGUGACCACCAAGCUUGGUGUGCCGAUCAACCUUCUUCUUUUGUCCGAAGGUCUCCCGUUCUUGGUCGUGACCAUUGGCUUUGAAAAACCUAUCAUGUUCACACGUGCCGUUUUGCGAGCAUCUGUGGACAACCGUCGCCCUCAGCCCGAUGCUGCGCCCCGUCCCUUGACCGCGAGCACCCCUGGCUCAAUCCAAGAUUCUAUUGCCACCGCCAUCAAAUCCCAGGGUUUCGAAAUUGUUCAGCACUACUGCAUCGAGAUUGGUCUUCUCACUCUGGGUGCUGUGUCUGGUGUCCAAGGCGGUCUCCAGCAAUUCUGCUUCCUUGCCGCGUGGACUCUGUUCUUCGACUGUGUUCUGCUCUUCACUUUCUACACGACAAUACUGUGCAUCAAACUCGAGAUUACUCGCAUCAAGCGUCACGUUGCCUUGCGCAAAGCUCUUGAGGAGGAUGGUAUCACUCAUAGCGUUGCUGAGAACGUCGCUUCCAGCAACGACUGGCCCUCUGCUGGUGCUGCUGGCGCCGAAGCCGACACCAGCAUUUUCGGGCGCAAGAUCAAGUCGAGCAGUGUGCGACGGUUCAAGUUCCUUAUGGUUGGUGGCCUCAUUCUGAUUAACGUUGUGAAUCUGUCCGCCAUCCCGUUCAGAAAUGUUGGAAAUGGUGCUAUUAUGUCUCGCCUCUCAAACGUCAUGUCGCCUGCUCCCAUUGAUCCCUUCAAGGUCGCUGAGAAUGGCUUGGAUGCUAUCUACGUGGCUGCGAAGAGCCAAAGACGAGAGACCGUGGUCACCGUAAUUCCUCCGAUCAAAUACAAAUUGGAAUACCCUUCCGUGCACUACGCGACUCACGAAGAUACUGGCUCUUUCGAGAUCGAGUAUUCUGACCAGUUCCUGGACGCCGUGGGUGGGAAAGUCCUCGAGAGCCUGCUCAAGAGCGUGGAAGACCCCAUCAUCAGCAAGUGGAUCAUUGCAGCUUUGACUCUGAGCAUCAUUCUCAAUGGGUACCUUUUCAAUGCUGCUCGCUGGAGUAUCAAAGAGCCCGAGCCCGUCAAGAUCACCCCUGAGGAGCCUGUGGCACCCAAGGUUUAUCCCAAGUUCGAGCCCAAUGAGGAAGAGUCUACCCGAACGAUGGAAGAAUGCGAGCUGAUGCUGAAGGAGAAGCGAGCCCCCUACCUGACGGAUGAGGAGUUGAUCACAUUGUCACUCAAGGGCAAACUCCCUGGAUAUGCCUUGGAAAAGACCAUGGAGAACGAGGAAUUGAUGAGCCGUGUGGAUGCUUUUACUCGCGCGGUUAAGAUUCGCCGUGCUGUGGUUUCCCGUACUCCCGCCACCUCUGCCACUAGCAGCUCGCUCGAGCGCUCGAAGCUCCCUUACGAACAUUACAACUAUGGCUUGGUUCACGGCGCUUGCUGUGAGAACGUUAUCGGUUACUUGCCUCUUCCCCUUGGUGUUGCUGGACCCUUGAACAUUGACGGACAGAAUUACUUCAUCCCCAUGGCUACGACUGAGGGAGUUCUCGUUGCCAGCACCAGCCGUGGCUCUAAGGCCAUCAACGCUGGUGGCGGCGCGGUGACCGUCCUGACCGGUGAUGGUAUGACCCGCGGUCCUUGUGUGUCUUUCCCUACUCUGGCCCGGGCUGCCGCUGCCAAGGUUUGGAUCGACUCAGAGGAGGGCCGAAGCGUCAUCACUGCCGCCUUCAAUUCUACUAGCCGCUUUGCUCGUCUUCAAAGUCUCAAGACUGCUCUCGCCGGUACUUACCUUUAUAUCCGCUUCAAGACCACCACUGGUGACGCUAUGGGUAUGAACAUGAUCUCCAAGGGUUGUGAGAAGGCUCUUGAUGUCAUGUCCAAGGAUUGCGGAUUUGACGACAUGUCCAUCAUCUCGUUGUCCGGCAACUUCUGUACUGAUAAGAAGUCCGCCGCCAUCAACUGGACUGACGGACGUGGCAAGUCAGUUGUCGCCGAGGCCAUUGUUCCCGGGCACAUUGUCAAGAGCGUUCUCAAGAGUGAUGUCGAGGCUAUGGUUGAACUCAACAUCAGUAAGAACUUGAUUGGUUCUGCGAUGGCAGGUAGCUUGGGUGGCUUCAAUGCUCACGCUUCCAACAUUGUCUCUGCUGUCUUCCUGGCCACCGGUCAGGACCCAGCCCAGAAUGUCGAGAGUAGCAGUUGUAUCACGACGAUGCGAAACCGCAAUGGAGACCUUCAAAUCUCAGUUAGCAUGCCGUCCAUUGAGGUUGGCACGAUUGGUGGCGGUACUAUUCUGGAGGCCCAGUCGGCCAUGUUGGAAAUGCUCGGAGUGCGCGGGCCUCACCCGACUGAGCCAGGUGCCAAUGCCCGCCAGCUUUCUCGCAUCAUUGCGGCCUCGGUCCUGGCUGGUGAGCUUAGUCUGUGCGCUGCACUCGCUGCCGGUCAUCUCGUCAAAGCUCAUAUGGCUCACAACCGAAGUGCGGCACCUACGCGGUCUUCCACCCCCGUGUCUGCUGCUGUCGGUGCUGCCCGCGGUCUCUCCAUGACAUCCAAGUAG